AGUAGGUCGUCGCUAAAAAUUGUCUCGUUUUUAAAACAAUUUUCUUUCGUCGACCUUAUUUUCAUUGUAGUAACUCAGGUUACAGUUCUUUCAAACGUAUUUGGUUACUCAGUUUCCGUGGUUUCGUAAGAAAAUGUCAAGGCAUCCUCGUGAUAGAUGGGAGUACCCAGCUGGGCCCGGUGAUCAUCGCUUCGACUAUCGCUUUGACAAUCAGGUCCCGUUAAGUUACGAUCAGAGUCAAGAGCGUCCUUAUCCAGUCUUUAACAGACACGAUCCUUACUACCCGGAAGCUAGAGAGGAUUUCCAUUAUCGAGAGAGGUCCCCGUUGAGAAGGUACGGCAAUCCACCAGACCCUUAUCACUAUGAGUCGUACGAUUAUGCCGACGCGUACAGGAGACGUCCCGUUUACGACCCCCAAUCUUACCCAACGCAUGGCGAUUUUACACCGGAUGAUGCGGACAUUAUGGAAGACGUAGUGACGGAAGAGUAUCAUCCGAAUGAAUGGGAGGACGAAGAUGAGGAUCUUGUCGUAGUCAGGCGUUCGUGGCGACCACGUGGUAGAGAUCCGCAUACCGACAGCGGGACGAAGGCCGCUGAGACAAAUGGGGUCGGGGCGAGUGGGGCGAGUACGAGUGGAGCCGAUACGAGUGGGGCCGGGGUGAACGGAACCAGACCAAGCGGUUCGUCACUAACAGAAGCAGAGCCUGAAUUAGUUCCUGAUCAUAGAGUACCAAACCAGCAGCCAGACGUCGAAAUGUCAUGCGUUCCUCUUUCGAUUGUCCCUAAACAAAUUUGUCAGGAGAUUGCGUCAUUGCUCGUAUCUGGAGUGACUACGGUCCAGUCAAAAGAAGUAUCCAAAGAAUUUCCACUGAAAUUUGAGGAGGAAGGCUUUUCGCUUAUGCCACCGAAAUUGGAUAGUUGGAUGAGUCGCCGGGCGAAAGAGAAGGGCGUGUUUAAACUCGUUAACGCCAGAGAGGAAGCGCUUGUGAAAACUCAACUAAAGAUUAUGGAUAUAGGCCCACCGUUUAUCGAUGCGUAUGCAAAACUGACGGCCGUGGCGGACGAAUCAGCUGUUACUUUACGCAUCCGUCGUUCUAUCCAAGCUGCCUUACAACAGUGGGGUCGGGCGUUCGCUCACAUUUCAAAAAAACGCCGUGACGCAGUAGUCAACGUCACUGAUCCUAGAGUGGAGUACCUCCUGAAAGACGAGAACGUCUUUGCUACCGGAAAGGAGGCCCGCGAGCUCCUGUUCACGGGAAACUUUCUUGACCUCAUGUUGAAAGAGGCAAGCCAAGAUGAAACCUUGGCAAGACGGGAUAAGGCGAUUGCGGUCGCGACCCGUGGCCGGAGAAACCCAGUUCGGUCGACCAGACGGGACCAACCGAGAGAUCCUCCGAGUCGUCAAGUGCAUUUUGGGGAUUACCAGCAGAGCGACCGGGGCAGAGGACGCGGACGGAGAGUUUUUAUGGAUCUUAGAGGCGGCCGCGGACGCGGUAACAUCAGUAGAAGACGAGGAGCAAGCGACAAACAAGAAUGAUGGCCUCUACCUUUUCUCACCAAGUCAACAUAUAAUUCCUGAACGGAUUUGGAGCCUUUUUUUUCCGGUACUGCCGGUUUUUUUGCCCAAACAGCAGUGUACCUUUAUGUUCAAUUUGUUUGUACACCGUUCAUAGUAUGUUGUAAUUUUUUGUUUGGUUAUUUUGAAAUUUCAAUUGAUGGUUCCUCACCCAAGUAUUUAUUGCAACAUUGAAUUACCCAUGUUUCUUUUUUUGAGUCAGCCGCUUAAAAAAGUCUGACCGGAAAGGGGCGUUGCAAGGGGUGAGGUAACCAAAAUCUUUAAAGAGCUUAAAUAA